AUGAGUAUCUUGUGCAGCGCAGACGUGCGCGAGCUGCAGUGUCUGCUCUGGCCAGCGCUAGACGCCGGCGCGGUGUCCGAUGACAUCCAACGAUGGUAUCAGCAAGGCUUUGAGUUCCAGACGCGGGAGGGCUUUACGCUCGGACUCGUGCAGCACCACGGCGGUCCUUGCGGCGUGCUGGCCGCGGUCCAAGCCGAGAUGCUGCGACUCUUCCUCUUCGUGCGUCACCACGAACCAGAGAUCCGAGACGGUGUCGAUCUGCAACUGCUAAUCAAAAGAGAAGUGCCUGAUGACGCUGCGAGGCAACGGCUGCUGGCAGAGGCCAUGGCUUCGCUGCUAGUGCAAUGUGCCGGUGAGGGGCAAGUGGUGCGCGUGGUAAUACAAGUCAAAGAGGACACGUACAGAGAGAGUGUAGUACCAGUUGCAGAUGUAGGCGCAUGCCGUUCGUCUUUUAAACUUGUAGAGAUUCUUCUGCAGGACAUGUCAUCAUUUUGCUGUCCGCACGGCGUCAUGAACUUCACGUUCAGCGUGCUUCGAACGAAGUGUGUUGCAUCUGUGCGCAACGAAAUGGACAGCCCGACAAACGUCUUAACGGGCGCUUUUGGACACUGUACACAGGAGCUACUGAAUCUGCUACUCACGGGCAAGGCUGUGUCCAACGUCUUUGACGGGACCGUCGCAAUGGGCGACUCGGGUCUGUUUUUGCACGGCGUGUCACAGCGGGCGCGAAUCGGCUACUUGACGCAGCUAGAGGCGUUUCGAUACUGUCAAGUUGGCAGUUUCUACAAGUCGCCACAGUCUUCCGUAUGGGUGAUUGGCAGCUCGUCGCACUUUAGCGUCGGGUUCGCAUUGGACGCCCGGCUGAGCGAGGAAUCAGCCUCCGCACAGCUUUAUCAGCGCGUGCAUCGAGUCUUUAGUCAAUUUGACCCGAUGGAAACCGGUCUGAUGAAAUCAGAGUCAUUGGCGAAUUCGCUAACGCAGUUGGGAGUGGAUUCUGCACUUAUUUCGGACGAGCACUGGAUGGCGCGACUUUUAGCUCGACUCGAGGAAGACAUCGGUCUCAUACUCUGGGAUGAGUACUGGAAAGUCAUUUCGGUGCUGCUACACACGAACGACUUGGACUUGGCUUUGUCUGGAUGCUACGACGCGAACGUCGCAAAGUCAGAGCACCAUCCGAUUCUACGCUCUGACUCUGACAUUGCGCGGGAACUGCAACGACAGUUCGACGCUGAAGAAACAAGAGACCCGGCUAACUCUUCUGCGUCCAUGUCGCAACCGCUUCCAUGUGAGCCAGUUGCGACUCCACAAGUGUCAUUUGACUGGUUUUACUACAACGGGCUCGGAAGCAAGGAUGGCUGUAGUACUGGAAAAAGCCCUGAACUUACAAAGUGCCGUGUGACGCUCGAGAAACAGGUGGAGUUUAUUGGCAAAUCGGUACCAUUUGGAUAUUCUGGAUCAAGUGGUGGCCACAGCUCGUUUUCACUCGAAGAAAUCAUGAGGACAAAGUGGCCAGACGCCCGGAUCGAUUGGCUGGGCUCUCCAGUACCAAGCAUUGACUAG